AUCGCUUAACGCCUCCUCAUCCUCGAUGAAACACCUGUCACAGAAGAAUGCUUGUCUGACAGCCUUGCGAGGCGAGCAUCAUAUGAUGUGCACUCGCAGUAAAGGCGCUCGAUGUGUAUGGUAGUAGGCUUGUGAUUCUCCGGCUCGAGAUUUAUCAGCUCGACCGCGAGCUGCCUUCCCCCCCAUCUGUGCUUUUUACGCAACUACCAUCAAACCUACACUGGUGCAGAGAAGAUAAUGCCACUUGUUACGCCGUUGACGAAGUUGUUGGGUAUCCGGGUGCCUGUCGUGCAGGGUGGCAUGCAGUGGGUCGGCCUGCCCAAACUCGUAGCAGCGGUCUCAAAUGCCGGCGGCCUCGGCAUACUCACCGCCCUCACUCAACCUGACCCGCACGCCCUUCGCGCUGCGAUCCGCGAAACACGCACGCUGACACCACACAACUUUGGCGUGAACAUCACCCUCCUGCCCUCGAUUAACCCGCCGGAUUACGAGGGCUAUGCGCGCGCCGCACUGGAAGAGGGCGUCCGCAUUUUCGAGACUGCGGGGAACAACCCUGCGCCGCUCGUGAAGCUGUUCAAGUCGCAGGGGUGCAUCGUGAUACACAAAUGUACGAACAUACGACAUGCGAAGGCCGGGGAGCGCAUGGGCGUGGACGUCUUGAGCAUCGAUGGCUUCGAGUGUGCUGGCCACCCUGGCGAGGAUGACAUCGGCGGGCUCGUUCUCCUCGCUCGCGCUGCACAAGAGCUCAAGAUUCCAUACAUCGCAUCAGGAGGCAUCGCCGACGGGCGUGGCCUGGCUGCUGCCUUGGCUCUAGGCGCUGCGGGAGUGAACAUGGGCACGCGGUUCGUAUGCACCGUUGAAAGCCCGGUCCACCAGAACAUCAAGGACAAGAUCGUCGCAUCCACCGAGCGGGACACGAUCCACAUCUUCCGCACGCUGCACAACACGGCACGGGUGUUCCGGAAUAAGGUCUCUGAAGAGGUCGUCGCGCUCGAGCGGCGGCCGGGCGGAGCAAAGUUUGAGGAGCUGCGUGAGCUCGUGUCUGGCCAGCGCGGGCGGAAGGUGUACGAGCUCGGCGACCCGGAUUAUGGUAUCUGGAGUGCGGGCGUGACGGUCGGGUUGAUCAAGGACUGCCCGACGUGUGCGGAGUUGUUGAGUAGGAUGGAGAGCGAUGCAGAGAGGAUCAUUGAGGGGAUGGCGCGCAUGCGGGUGCGGGAGGAGGACGUCAAGGCAAAGCUGUGAGAGGUCGGGUGUCAGGCACACGGUUCGGUCAGUCUGUAAUGUGCUAAUGGGUCUCGGACUUUUGUACAUUCUACCAUACUAUCGGGCGGCAUACGUAUUGGAAUUAGGUGUGACUGGCUUGCUGGAGGUCGCGAUCAAUGUCAAGAUCCCAUAGCAUACUGCUCCAUACACAUGAUCGGAGACCGUCAGCGC